AUGAGGUUAAUUUCACUCAUUUUUCUUUUCAAUUCAUUUCGUGCGUGUUAUUUCUACGAAUCAAGUUUACGCCAACUCAGAGAUUUCAAUUUAUCGGAGCCUAUGGCUAUCGAGGAUGUGCAGAAUGGCUCAAAUCUUUAACUUUGCUCAUCAGACAACGCAUCUGUGCUGAGCAAUAUCACCGUGAGUUCCAAUGGAAAAACUGUGAGCCUGGAUAAACUUCUCGCAACUUACAAUGGUUUCUUCAACGGUUGGCCUAUCAAUUCGGAUAUUUCAAUUUCUACUGCCAACAAUCCUGACGUCACCAACAAUCUCAGCGGUCUUAUUUUCAUAGCCAAUCAACAAAUGGCAAGGGACCCGAAUUUCUUUGUGUACUCGAUUCAGGACGCGGAGAAGGUGAUCUCUAGGUCAACAAACUCUGAAACUACACUGGUUCUGUUAAAUUCGAAACUCGACAGUAGCCGAAUCGAAAAUCUUAUACAGCCGGACUCUACUAAACUUCAGUUUUAUCGUGGAAUUCCUGACUAUGACUAUAAUGACACACAGAGUGAGAGAGCUGCACAAAGUUUGAUUUUCGCGAAUCCGAUUAAAAGUUGGUCAAGUGGGAAUACAUAUUUCUUCAACACCAUCGAGCCGAUGCAAUACUCCUUACGCGCCUUGUACAUUCGAGUUAUUUCGUUCCAGAUCUCCCAUGAGUGGAAAGAUCCCAGCUACUACAAAACCACUGCGCCGACAACGACCGGAUUCUUGAUGAGCCGAGAGGUUUCUACGCCGAGCUCAAACGUGGAUUUCAUGUUUAAUUCCGGCCAUAAUGGAAUCGUCGGACUUCUUGUCAGCACCGCUCUAUUCGCCGACGCAAAUGCAACAUUUAGCAACAACUUGGAGCCGGACACAUUGCGAUUGCACCCGGAUCCAGCGAUAAUUUCUCGCGUCUUCGAAUGGUAUUCAAAUGCGACAAACCUGUAUGUGACACCGAGCCAAGGUGUCUACUAUAUCCAAUACUUUCGGGCAGACCUGAACGAGCCAACAACCACUUCGACGGCUUAUGCUGCGCCUUCAUCCACUGCAUCUACAUCUACUCCAGCUCCAACAAAUCUACCAACGACGACUGGGGCUCCGACAAACUCCACAACAAAUCCACCAACCGCCACGAGUCCAAAAACUAGCAGUCAACCAGUAUCUUCUUCAACUUCUUCCACGUCAUCUCCAGCUCCAACAAAUCCACCAACAACCUCGAGACCAACAACUGCCAGUCAAUCAACAGCUUCUCAAAAUGUGGAAACAACCACUAAGCUGGGCCUAACCGCUUCUAUUACUGUCUCUAUAAUGACUACUUUGCUACAUAAAAUUUUGUUUGCUUAA